AUGACGGUAUUAAGGACGCCACCGUAUCAUUGCGAAGUCAACCCCAUCGAACUAGCGUGGUCGUCCGUAAAAAGGUACGUGAAGUCAAACAAUACCACAUUUAAACUUCCGGACGUAAGACAACUAUUAACCGAAGGUGUCAAUUCCUGCACACCCGAAAUGUGGAAGAACUUUGUACAACACGUCAUUAAAGUAGAAGACAGGUUCUGGAAAGUCGACUUAACUACCGAUGAUGUGAUGGAUAAUGACAAUCUCCAUGUAAUGACAAUCACCGGUGACACAUCGGAUUCAGACGACUUAGGAUGUGAAUCCUUAGAAUAA